AUGAAGCCUGAGGAAGCUGCAGAGCCACUUGUUGAACAGGCAGCAGCGGCAGCAAAGCAGCUAAGUAGCAUGUCGGAGGGAGCAGAUUUGGUGGAGGCGCAGAGGAAGGUUCUGGAAGCUUCGAGAACCGCAGCAGCAGCCAAGAAAGUUCAGAAGUUAGCGAAAAAAGCUGACAAAGAUGUGAAGAAGUCAGGCUUGAAGGAGAAAACCCCGAAAGCCAAAGCCAAGCCAAAUUGCGAGCCAGCAGCAGAGACCGAUGUCGCCCCGCCAACAGCAGCAGCAGCUAGGCCUGCCCGGCUCAGCUGGGCCGAGACGGAUACUAAGCUUGACAAUGUGACAAGUUAG